AUGACUUCACCAAAAUCAUCAACUACGCGUCGCGUCUUGGGGGAUCUCAAUAUCAAUAUCAAUACUUCCGUCACUGAUAGCAAUCAUGUAUGGCUAUGGCGAGAUAACGAGAUUCAGAAAGUAUCAUAUAGUAACCGACAAACUUGGCUCGGAAAAGAUAAACAUGUCCCCUCAAAAGUGGAAGCACGUUCGAAAUCGAAAUUACAGCGGGAAAAUUGGGAGGAGACGAACACGAGUACGGAUUCCCGAGUUGCAAAUAUGGAAGGGGCAACAAAUCAAGAUAUCGUUUAUCAAGGCUUGGAGGCUGCCACAAUCAACGGCGUUGACAUUUCAACUGCUGAGCGGGCCUCCUUGGUUGACACAAAGAGACACUUGUCAUGUGCUGUACUAUCACAAGAUGUUGUAUCGAGCCGACCGGGAGAACCCGGUGCGAAGCGACGUAGAAUUGCACCAUCAUCGGGAAACUCUUCGCUGCUUGAAGAGUUUGGCGCAGGUGUGGGCUUGCUCACGCAAUCUACGUCGUCACAAACCACAGCGUCCCCAGCUACAGAAGGUCCCGAGGCGAAGACGUGUGGUGAGAGAGUUGGAAUAGCAGAUGAGUCGAGUGGUUUGGGGAGUGGCCAAGAACAAAAGAUGUCACCAAGGACACCUCAAAAGCAGCUCUCCCCAAAACGCUCUUCUAUAUCUGCUUCUUCGUCAUCAUCUUUGCCUUCCGUAGUAGAAGUUGAAGACGCGGCUAUCACCAGCAAUAAUUCCCAAUCGACCGAAACUACCAUAUCCAAUGAGUUAUCUUCUAUACCUACUACUAUAUCCACUUCAAGAAUUUUUCCCUCUAAAUCAAAAUCUAUGUCACGAGAAGAAAUCCGUCAAAAAUCCCAAGCACUACGUCUGCGUCUUUCCCUCGCAAACUAUAAAGUAAAAACAAACCAAAUCGACCUCCCUCUUUCACGUCUACAAGUGCGUUCUACAUCACCAAAACUUCCUUCGCUUGCUCGUCUUCGCAGAUAUUCUUAUGGGAAGAGUAUGGAACGAACACCGCUUCCUGGAGCGCCUAGUACGGAUGCUGGAAGAGAAACAGUUCCCGCCAUUAAUAUACAAGCUCCUUGUUCUGCAAAUAAGAAUGCACGUGUUUUUGUCAGAGCGGAUGGUGAUGAGAAUAUCAAUAUUCCCUCUAGUCCUCCUUUAUCCGGAGGAGAAUCGGAUGCAUUAUCGAGAAGGGAUUCUGCUAUCUCGUGCACUUCUUUUGGCUCCAAUUCAAAUCCGAAUUCGAACUCUGGUUCGAGUUCAGGUUUGGGUCAUGCACAUCCUCUUGCUCCCACUCUCAAUACCACUACCAAAUCCAACCCCAAAUCCAAAGAAACAGACACAAAAAUGAUAACCAACUUCGAACAAGAAGUCGCAAGAAGAAAAUACGAAAUGAUAGGUAGUAAGGAAAAUACCAAGAUAAGAACUCCGAUUUUAGAAAGACAAAAAAUAGGACUUGCGAAUCCACCGAUGAUUUUUGCGCAGCCGGAAGAAGAGAGCAGUGUGCAUGAAAGGGGGAUGAGCCCGGAGUUAUCAAGGAGAGCGGCGGAUGGAUUGGUGAGGCUGAAAUUAUUGAGAUAA